AUGGUAAACCAGACUGAAGGUUAUGUCUCAGAGCUAAUAACUCGCUCCACGACUGCUUGUCUGCUUUUCGUUUUUGUGCUCUCCACCUUUCUGGGGAAUGCUCUGGUGUGCACCGCAGUGGUACGGUUCCGUCAUCUGCGCUCCAAAGUGGCUUAUGUGUUUGUAGUGUCUUUGGCGGUCUCAGAUCUCUUAGUUGCCUCUCUUGUAAUGCCAUGGAAGGCAGUCGCAGAGAUUGUGGGUUUCUGGCCGUUCGGCAGUUUCUGUGAAGUAUGGAUAGCCUUUGACAUCAUGUGCUCCACCGCCUCCAUUCUUAACCUGUGCAUCAUAAGUGUGGAUCGUUACUGGGCUAUUGCUAUCCCACUGAGCUACGAGCAGAAAAUGACAAGAAGAGUGGCAUUUGUCAUGAUUGGAGUGGCAUGGGCGCUCUCUGUUCUGAUCUCAUUCAUUCCUGUGCAGCUGAGUUGGCAUAAGAGUCUCCGCCAUAAAGAAGACCUGGGAGAAAUGGCUGAGAAAUGCGAUGCCAGUUUAAACCGCACUUAUGCCAUCACUUCAUCUCUAAUCAGCUUCUACAUCCCUGUCUCCAUAAUGAUUGUCACUUACACUCGCAUCUUCCUCAUAGCGCAAAAGCAGAUCCGAAGGAUAUCAAUGCAAGAGUGCACCAUUAAGCAUGUUCAGUCCUGCCAGAGCUGCAGUAAAGCACCUGAAGAGAAGUUAAAAAGCUCAUUUAAGAGGGAAACCAAAGUCCUGAAAACCCUGUCGAUGAUCAUGGGUGUGUUCGUCUGCUGUUGGCUCCCUUUCUUCAUUCUCAACUGCAUGGUGCCGUUUUGUGACCCUGGCCUCCACAACGCCGGGAAGAUCCCAUGUGUCAAUAAGACGACUUUCGAUGUGUUUGUGUGGUGUGGGUGGGCGAACUCUACCUUGAAUCCUGUAGUUUAUGCAUUUAAUGCAGAAUUCCGCAAAGCGUUCUCCAGCCUCUUGGGAUGUGGGAAGCUGUGCUCUCGGAAUACGGUUCAACCGGUUGACUUCAGUAAUGAGCUGGUGUCUUACCAUCGUGACUCCACAAACCUUCGAGAUGCUCACCUCUUCGGUCACUCCUGUCUGCAUCCGCACGCUGUCAGGGAGGAAAGUGAUAAAGACGUGUGCUUUGAUACAGUGUCACAGAUGGAUGAAGUCCCUUAUGAGGCUGAAUGCAACUUUGUAUAUGGGGAAAGGCCUCCUAUGCUAAGUCAAGGAGAAACAGAACUAUCAUUGGAUAAAAUCCUACCAUUUACAAAAGAAGAUGAGUUAGCGUCUCUUGAACGUGUGGCUCAUAAUGAAAGCGAAUCUCCUAGUAUCUCUGGAAUAUUGUAA